GUGUCCUCCGGGACGUUCCGCCUGGAAAAUCUGGUGGAAUAAUUACCCAGUUGUCGCUAUUAAUAACUACUCUUCCCUACUGUACAUCCAUUCGGGGCUUUUGAGUUUUUUUCCCCCGCACCCGUUCGAGGUCUUCUAGAGGUCGGGCUGACUCGUAUUUAAGAUCAGCCACUAUGGAGGACGGCUGGAUGUUUACGGACCUUGAAUCCCACCAGGAAACCCAGUGGCCGCUGCUGUCGUCCGGCAGCAGUUAGCAUCUAUUUUCCUCUUAAACCAGUACUUUAAAUGUCGUUUUUUACAGGAUAGCUCAACAAGUAAGCACGUUUCUUAAUUUUUACCGAAUAAUUCAUCUUUUAUGAGCGUAAAAUAUAUUUUACCGAAUACUUCAUCUUUUAUGAGCGUAUAAAUCGCCGUAACGACACGCUAAUAAGCAGCCCAUCGACCACGGUGGUGCCUUCACCGUCGCAUCUACGCUUUUCAUAAUGACUGGAAGAAGCCUUUGAGUGUUUUUUUUCCUCCGUCCGACGACAUUUUUCAUCGACCAUGAAGGCGUCCCUGGCCCCCGGUAUUCGGCUCAUCACGUCCUUCUCUCGGGAUAGCUGGUAUCGCGGUUUCAUUCUGCUGCUGACUUUCCUCUUCUACACGGCCUACCACCUGUCCCGGAAGCCCAUCAGCAUCGUGAAGAGCGAACUCCACCGAAACUGCAGCGGCGUCAUCCGCCCGGCCGACUUGAACAUCACCAACAAUGUCACGUGGUGUGACUGGUCUCCCUUUGACCAGGACAACUACAAGACGCUCUUCGGGGUGUUGGACAACUCCUUCCUGGUGGCCUACGCAAUCGGCAUGUUUUUCAGUGGGAUAUUCGGAGAGCGCCUGCCGCUACGUUACUACCUGAGUUUUGGCAUGCUGAUGAGCGGAUUGUUCACCUGUCUGUUCGGCUUAGGGUUCUACUGGAACAUCCACUCGUUGGGGUACUACGCCGUCAUCCAGGUGUUCAACGGGUUGAUGCAGACCACCGGCUGGCCCGCAGUGGUGGCCUGCGUCGGCAACUGGUUCGGAAAAGGGAAGCGCGGCUUCAUCAUGGGCGUGUGGAACUCACACACGUCGGUUGGCAACAUCCUGGGCUCGCUCAUCGCCGGCGUGUUCGUCUCGUCGGCGUGGGGCCUGUCCUUCAUCGUGCCGGGCCUCAUCAUCGCCUCCACGGGCGUCCUGUGCUUCUUCUUCCUGGUCGAGAAACCCGAAGACGUCAACUGCAGUCCUCCUCAGCAUCAUAAUGACUUGGAAAGUGGUGAGACAGAGCCUCUCCUGCAGAGUCCUUCCCAUGUGGCCAACGGUUCCAUCGACGCCGAGACGCCGGAGAUCACCGCUGGGCACUCGGAGGCCAUCAGCUUCUGGGGAGCGCUCAGUAUACCCGGAGUGGUGGAGUUUUCGCUGUGUUUGCUCUUUGCCAAGCUGGUCAGCUACACGUUCCUCUACUGGCUUCCGCUCUACAUCUCCAACAUCGCACAUUUUGAGGCCAAAGAAGCCGGUGAUAUAUCCACGCUUUUUGAUGUGGGGGGAAUUGUGGGCGGCAUCGUGGCGGGCCUCGUGUCCGACUACACGGGUGGGAGAGCCACCACGUGUUGUGUCAUGCUGCUCGCCGCCGCGCCCAUGCUUUUCCUCUACAACCACAUCGGACAACGCAGCAUUGGCACAACAAUUGGCAUGCUCUUGGUUUGUGGCAGCCUGGUCAAUGGGCCCUACGCCCUCAUCACCACUGCGGUUUCUGCCGACCUGGGCACACACGAGAGUCUGAGAGGAAACUCCAGGGCGUUGUCCACAGUGACGGCCAUCAUCGACGGGACGGGAUCAGUGGGGGCUGCGUUGGGCCCUCUCUUCGCCGGGCUGAUUUCGCCAUCGGGCUGGAACAACGUCUUCUACAUGCUCAUCUCUGCCGACGUGCUUGCCUGUCUGUUUCUGUCCAGGCUGGUUUACAAGGAAGCUCAAGGUUGGUGUGGACGAAUCCCCCGAGUCAGAGGGUACAAGGAAACUUGAAAGGAGGCACCGCGAUGAUGACGACGAUGAAGACAACCGCCACCACGCCUCAACACGUGACACCUUCACCAUCUUUGACUGACUG